AUAUACACACACACACACAUAUAUAUAUUUCUAUCUGUACAAAACGCCCAGAGAGCUUACAACUUUGGCAUUACCUUGCUUCUCAUAAUAGCAAAAGUAAGGCUCAGUUUAUCAUUUAUUGCUUUGUUUCCUUGCCUCUUCCUGACACGUUCAGCAACAUUUAUUAAGAGUGAUGCCUGGACUAGUUAUGGAUGCAUUCAAUGGGGACAGUUUAGUUGAUGAAGCAAACGGGGACUACACACCAAGAAAGGAAAGCUUUACACAGCAAGGCUCACCGAGAAGCCCGUUGAGUCCUCAAAGUCCUCAAAGUGAUUCCAUUGAUCUGGUCAUUGAUGGUGUUAUUGACACCUCAAUUGAGCAGCUUUAUCACAACGUCUGUGAGAUGCAGAGCUCUGAUCAAUCUCCAUCAAGGGCUAGCUUCUUAUCCUACGGCGAGGAAUCAAGGAUCGAUUCGGAGUUGCGCCAUCUUGUUGGAGAUAUCGACUAUGAGGAGGAGGUGACUAAAGAGGUUGUCAUAGUAAAGAAUGAGGAGGUAACUAAUGGUGGUGGUGACACGCCCAUUAGUAAAGAAACUGAUCGGUCUUCCGCUAAAAAGUCAGCAAAAAAGGGCAAGACGCAACUCGCGAAUCCUAAGAAGCUUUCUGUAUCGAAAAUGGAUUUGGGGGCAUCGGCUAAAUCAAGUCCUAAGAGCAAAUCUUCACAAGGUAGACCUCCAAUAGAUAAGAAAAGUCCAAGAAGACCAAAUGGAGUUUUAGAGAGGAACAAGCUGAGAAAUCUUGCUUUAGGCAAGGCAAAGCUGAGAAAUGGAGAGGAGGACAUUCAAGUGGAUGAUUUGGAUAACCCCGACCUCGGUCCAUUUUUGCUUAAACAAGCUAAGGACAUGAUCUCUUCUGGUGAAAACCCGCAGAGAACACUUGAAGUGGCUCUUCGGGCAAUGAAGUCAUUUGAGAGACGUUCAAGUGAGAAGCCUAGUUUGGAGCAUGUAAUGUGUUUACAUGUCUUGGGAGCAAUAUACUGCAAAUUAGGACAAUAUGACGAGGCAAUUCCAGUUCUCGAACGCUCGAUAGAAAUUCCAGUGAUAGAAGAUGGUGAAGAUCAUGCUUUGGCCAAGUUUGCUGGCUGCAUGCAAUUAGGUGACACUUAUGCAAUGAUGGGACAAAUUGAGAACUCAUUACUGCUUUACACGGCGGGUUUGGAAAUUCAAAGGCAAGUCCUGGGAGAAAAAGACCCGCGGUUAGGUGAGACCUGCCGAUAUGUAGCUGAGGCUCAUGUCCAAGCAUUGCAAUUUGAUGAGGCUGAGAAGCUUUGUCAGAUGGCUCUUGAUAUCCACAGGGAAAAUGGCUCCCCUGCUUCCCUUGAAGAAGCAGCAGAUAGAAGACUCAUGGGACUUAUUUGUGACUCAAAAGGUGACUAUGAAGCUGCUCUUGAACAUUAUGUUUUAGCAAGUAUGGCCAUGGCUUCUAAUGGCCAAGAACUUGGCGUGGCGUCGAUAGAUCGCAGCAUUGGUGAUGCUUAUCUAUCCUUGGCGCGAUAUGAUGAGGCAGUUUUUGCAUAUCAGAAAGCACUCAAUGUCUUUAAGUCAAAUAAAGGGGAGAAUCAUCCAUCAGUUGCUUCUGUCUUUGUCCGGUUAGCUGAGUUGUUCUACAAGAUAGGAAAGUUCAGAGAAUCCAAAUCAUACUGUGAAAAUGCGCUCAAGAUUUACAAAAAGCCAAAUCCCGGGAUCCCUUCAGAAGAGAUUUCCAGUGGUUUUAUUGAUGUUUCUGCGAUCUAUCAGUCUAUGAAUGAAUUAGAGCAGGCACUGAAGUUACUCAAGAAGGCUUUGAAGAUAUUUGGUGAUGCUCCAGGUCAACAAAACACAAUAGCAGGGAUUGAAGCCCAGAUGGGUGUCAUGUAUUACAUGAUGGGGAAUUAUUCUGACUCUUACAACACCUUCAAAAGCGCAGUAACGAAGUUUCGAGCCAGUGCAGAGAAGAAAUCUGCCCUGUUUGGGAUUGCUUUGAAUCAAAUGGGCCUUGCCUGCGUGCAGCGGUAUUCGAUUAACGAGGCUGCAGAACUGUUUGAAGAAGCAAGAAGUAUUCUCGAAAAGGAAUAUGGUCCAUAUCACCCCGACACAUUAGGAGUCUACAGCAAUUUGGCUGGAACCUAUGAUGCAAUGGGCAGACUAGAUGAUGCCAUUGAACUUCUAGAGUAUGUUGUUGGCAUGAGGGAGGAUAAGCUAGGAACUGCGAAUCCCGACGUGGACGACGAGAAGAGGAGACUGGCCGAGUUGUUGAAAGAAGCAGGCAGGGCGAGAAACAGGAAAGCCAGAUCUCUGGAAACACUACUUGAUACCAACGCUCAAGUUGUGAAAGAGGACCGUAUGGAGGUCAUGUAAUUGGUGAUGGUGAUGUGUAUAUAGGCUCGCGUGUAAUCUAUGUGCUGUAGAUUAGGUGGUUGGUGCUUGUUUUGUUGGCAAAGUUGGAAGAAUAAAGAGAAUUAAUAUUAGAGACAACAGGAAGGAGAUUCUUGUCCUUAAUUGUUUAUUAAAGGUGUCAAAGUUUUUUUUUUCUUGUAUAAUUGUA